GAUUCACAGCAAAAUCAAAUAAAGUUAAGAUAUUCGUUUUGUGAUUAUUGUAGAUUUUUCUAGUGUUCAUGAAAAUACUGCAACUUUAAGGUGUUAAUCGAAAUGGGCAGUAAGCAAAUGACACCGAAAACGGACGAGUCCACAGGGACUUUGGAUUAACCACUUCUGUGACUGCAACAAUAAUUGCAGCAAUUAUUGUUCACAUUUGGUUCCUGAUCUUGGUCAAUUGUAAACAACUUGUUUUUGAUCACCCAUCCUGAGCUGGUAAAAGCUUAAUUUGGCAAAAGUAUACCUGUUAUUCACGAAAACACGGAAAACUACACCAGGAAUCGCGAUGGCAUUCCGAGAUUGGAGAGUUGUAAGAGUGUUGACUGGUAUCGCGAUGCGAAUAUGGGCCGCCAGCGGAGCUGCCCUUUUAGCUGCCUUCAUUAUGUAUAUAGUUUACGGAGGAUUUUUCGCUUUUUUAAUGCUGCUUUUUGCAGUAUCAGGAAUUAUAUAUCAUGCCCAAGAUAACCUAUUGUAUCAUCCGGACUUACCGCCUAAUUCAAGGAUAUUUAUACCUGUGCCGUCGAUGCAUGGCCUGCCGUAUGAGACGUUACAUCUAAAGACAAACGACGGAGUGUCGUUGCACUGCUUUUGGAUCCGGCAUUCCGAUGAUAAAGGUCGCUACGUCCCAACGAUUGUAUACUUUCAUGGAAAUGCAGGUAACAUGGGACACCGAUUACAAAAUGCAAGCGGAUUCUUUCAUACCCUACAAUGUAACGUGCUAAUGGUAGAGUACCGCGGUUACGGCCUAUCGGAUGGCGUUCCGAGUGAAAGGGGCUUUUUCUCGGACGCCCGAGUAGUGUUGGAUCAUCUGCUCAGUCGGCACGAUUUAGACCACAGCCAAAUCGUGGUAUUUGGACGAUCACUUGGAGGAGCAGUUACGAUAGAUUUGGCGGCAGAUGCCGUAUACGGCAUGAAAUUAAUGGGAGUGAUAGUAGAGAAUACUUUUACCAGCAUUCCAGAUAUGGCUGUGGAGUUGAUUCAUCCUUGUGUUCGCUAUUUGCCUCCAUGCUGUUAUAGAAACAAGUUUUUGUCGGUGCACAAAAUACAGUUCAUUUCGGCACCGAUUCUGUUCGUCUCUGGUCUAGCUGAUACUUUAGUGCCUCCAAAAAUGAUGUCGAUGCUGCACACUCGCUGCGGUAGCACUCGUAAGCAAAUGCUACAAAUCGUGGGUGGAUCACACAACGAUACCUGGGCCGUAAGCGGUUAUUACCAGGGCAUAGCGCAAUUCCUAACGGAAUGUAAGGAAACCAAGGGACCGUUACAGACUCCACCUGUAAGUCAAAACGUAUGGCCUCAGAUCGAGGAGGUGUAGAGGAUUACAAUUCAAAAGUUGGCUGUGUAAUAUUUGCAUCAUAUUUAAUCUUAAUUAAUGAACGCUAGAGAAUAAAUACACCGAAUGAUCGAGUGAGUGAAUAGAAAGAUUAAUUACCUGGCUAGAAAUCUAAGGACAUUUAUUAAGUACUAUUAUCGAAAACAAAAAGCAACAACAGAGGCGCAGGUUUAACAAUGAAGCAAAGAAAAACGCCCCAGCAACAGCAACAAUAAGCAGUUACACAAUUUUAAAUAUUAGCAUAAUAAUGACAUUAAGAUAAUAAAUU